GAGAGAGAGAGAAAUGAGCGAAAGAAUUUGGUUUGGACAGAGAGCGGAGAGCGUUGAGAAAAAUCUUGUGUGUAAUAUAUAUAGAGAGUCAAAACAUUUUCUUCUCACUGAGUUGACCGUCAGUCAAUUGUGUAUGUUCAACCAAAACAGAGUUGUUUUGAUUGUGCUGACGGAGAUAUCGACAAUUUAGUUCUCUUUUUUGAUUUUAUAUUUUUGAAGUUUCUCUUUUCCACCCGUUUCGAGCAUUGUUUGAAGAGAAGCAACAACGGUAGCAGUAAUAAUGUAAUUCCAAUUGAAAUGCAUUCGACAAAUCGUAGUGAAACAUUCGAAUCGCGUGUUAUAAAAUGAAAACAAUUUGCUCGAGUUUGUGAAUUUAUAAUUGCACUUGGGCUGCAAAACAACAGAAAACCAACAACACACAACACAGCACACAACUUGAAUCGUCGGGUCCAACGUUUGGUCUAUAGAUUUUCUCUCGCUCUCUUCCAAACGUGGUCGUCGUCGUCGUUGUGUUGCUCAUUCAACAUUGUGGUUACUACGGUAAACAAAGUGUGCAACUUUAUAAUAUAGUAACAAAAAAAAAGAAGUAAUCAUUUUACACAAAACCCGAAUCGAAUGAACAGCGAUUUGGACGCUAAUUGUGGAAAAAUCGAAUCGAAAUUGCGAAACAAAAACUCGAAUAAAGGCGGCACAAUUACUGAUCCAAAAGAGAAGAGUUCGUGUGUUGCUGUUUUUUUUUUUCGUUUGAGAACAAAAAAUAAAAAUCAAGUGAAAUGUCAACAAAAUAAAUGCUGUCGAAGUGAAAUCACUCAAGUUGAAUAUGAAUGAAUUUUGUGAUUUGCGGCCAAAGUGAAUGUGGAAAAAGAAUUUACUGAAUGAAUGAAAACAUUUCGAGCACCAAUCCGUUUAUUUUUUUUCUGUUUGGCUUGUCUUUCUUGACAUUUCUCGACAGCAACAUUGAAAUAACCCCAAAAAAAUAAAAUAAAAUUUCAAGUACAUCCAGCCAGGCCUCAACUAAUCGAUCAACCGAAAAUUUCUCUUUGUGAAUGCGAACAAGAGAUGACAAGCAGCGAAAAUUCAUCGAUUGUGUUGUCUAAUUAUUGUCUUUCUACCUUCCGUCGAAUCGAACCAAAUAUUUGUGCAUUGUAAGGCCCGUUUGAGCUCAAAAAUUGAAAUCUGAAGGGAAACAGAUGCCGUCAUCCGAUAGAUACUUGUGCGACGUCAUCUUUUGCCCAUUUUGAAGUUGGAAAAACUCGCCCAAAAUCAUCGUCUGCAGUGGUGGUGGUAGUGGUGAUUCAUCCAUUAUUGACCAUGCAUCCCGAAGUUUGACGAAUGAAGCAUUCCUACUCGAAAUUCCGAAUCCACCACUUUUCGCUUGAGUGCACAUUUUGAAUGGUCUUUAAGCGUUUCAAUCCACAUUUUCAUUAUUCAAUUAAUGGAUUUCAAUGGGCAAACAUUUUCGUCAUUGAAAUAAUGAUAAAAUAAAGUGGUUCGAACGGAGAUUAUUAUUAUUUGCCAUCGAUGAAUUUGUUCGGGUGCGUCUUCAAUAGAAAAACGGCAAGCCAUUAAAUUACUGAAGAAGCCGAAGAAAACGAAUGAAUAGGAGAGAAAAAUAGAGAAAGAAAACAUAAAACUGGCGAUAAUUCAAAGCGACAAUUUAAUACAUAAAAACGAUAAGGAUUUUCCGCGAAACACGCUGUUUAGUUCAAAGGCACUAGAGCAUCACAACAUUAGAAUUGUUUAUGGAGUUCUUACGAAUGCGGGCUAAAAAAACGUUGUGUAUGCAACACGAAAAAAAGGAUUAUAUAAAUAGUGUGUGUUAACGUAUGUUGUUUUUUUUGUCUUACGGAUUUGGAUUGUUCGGUAAUCCCAAGUGAAAGAAGAGCGCGCAUGCGUACGUCAUCAAGAUACUCUGUUCGUAUGUUGUGCACUGCAAACGAGCUGGGUAGAGUAGCGUAGCCAAAUGAAAAUGGAAAAAAAUUGGUUUCAACCAAAUAAAAUAUGCAAGAAAACAAGAAAAAGUGCAUAAAGUUCAGUGAAUUUGAUAAACAUACUUGAAGCUUGAAAAAGUGGCAACCAGCACAUACACAUAAAGUGCAAAUCUUUCUAAGUUGAACAUAGCAGAACGAACGAGGGAAAAAACAACCUAAGCGUUUCAAACGAAGAACACGAAUGAAUUUAAAUUAUUGAACUAUUUUUUGUUGUUCGUUUCUGUUUGGUUCGAGAGAGCUGUGUGUGUAGCACAGUAACACAGCAGCAAGUGCAACAUCGAAGAAAGAAAAAAAAAGGCACGCAAACCAUUGGCUCGUUAGCAUAAUAGCCAUAAAAACCAAUAUUGUGCUUACACUUUGCUUGCAUUGGUCAUCGCUAUCUCUUCACUUCACAUUUCACAGUCAGUGCUGUGUGUAAGUGAGUGAGUGCUUCUCUUUGCGAAGAGAGUGUGUGUGUGUGUGCUUUUUUCUACUGCUCUUCGUGCCGUGCAUGUGCAGCCCAGACUGAAUUAAUAAAUGUGUAACAACGAAAGAUGUUUACACGACGAAAUUGGCUUCUACGUUGCAGUAUUUUAAUAAAUAUUGCCGUACUUUUGUACAUUUGUAGUCAUUUAAUGAUAGGAACUAGCAACAUAUCGCUUGGACCAGCAUUUGUGAUACCAGAGGAUUAUGCAGCAAUUAAAUCACAACAAGCGGCUGCGCUCACACGAACAAAUGGCGGUGGUGGUGGUGCGAAUGCAGUCAAUCUUCUGCAACAGCAGCAGCAGCAGACAGGUGACAAUGCACAUGAUAGACAGCAUCAACCACAGGAGCAACCGCAAGAUGCGGAACAAGAGCCCAUUGUAGAUAAUGACUCAAAUCAGAUAAGCGAUAAGGACAGCCAAAAUGAAAUAGAUACUGAUAUGGACCAAUUAGCACCCAAGCAACAUCCACCACAAUUAAAACUGCUGCCAAAAGAACAACAAACCAUCGUAGCUGACGAUUCGCAAUCACCGAAAACAGCGCAGACCGAUUUAUUGCAAUCACCACCAAACAAAGUCAUCACAGACAUUCUAUAUCCCGAAACGAACUUUGCGAAUGCGUCCGAAAUUCAAGCAAACACCGAAGAGCAUGAACUAGAAACAAGGCUGAAAUUACUAAUUCAUUGUCAUGACAAGGAGUAUGAAGCGCAAACCGUGCAACGUAGCGAUUUCUGGGUACUAAAAAACUACAUUCGCGCUGAUCAUGGCGAAUUACGUUGCUUCCAAAGUGUGACGUACACCACACAUGCCGACUAUACAUUUUUAGAUAAUUUAAUACCAUUGCUAGAAAGAUGGAAUGCCCCAGUCAGUAUAGCGCUACAUGCGCCCGGAACGGAUUUUCUACCAACCAUCAAUUCGAUUCGAUAUUUGCGAGACUGUACACCCGAAUCGAUGCUCGUUCGACAAUUUACCACAUUUCACAUUUACUUUAGCAGUAAACACAUUCCAAAAGCAGUUCCAAAACACGAUAAAGUAUUAGAUAUACCAUUUAAUUGCUCGAUGCUACCACCAUAUGCCAAUGUAAGCGCCGGCCAGUUAUAUAAAACGCAAAAGAAAUUACUGUACCCGGUGAAUGUGGGCCGGAAUAUAGCGCGUGAUGCAGCGCAAACCCAUUUCAUAUUAGCUAGUGACAUUGAGCUCUAUCCGACGCCGGGAUUAGCGAAAAAAUUCCUCGAAAUGAUUGCACGCAACGAUGCACCGCUGCAACGAAAGAAUCCGAGAGUGUUUCCGUUGUCAUUGUUCGAAGUAGAUAGUGCAUUACAAGUUCCUCGCGACAAAACCGAAUUACAAGAAUUACUAAAAGCUGGCAAAGCGAUACCAUUCCACAAGCGUGUCUGUUCAUCGUGCCAUGGUGUGCCCAAAUCCAAAGAGUGGAUGGCUGCAAAUGAAACAGAUGAUUUGGGCGUAUUUCACAUCGGAAAACGUACCGGUUAUUUUGUGCAUUGGGAACCGAUAUAUAUCGGAACACACGCCGAUCCGCACUAUGACGAACGGUUGAGCUGGGAGGGCAAGAGCGAUAAAAUGACACAGGGUUAUGCUCUAUGUGCACUGGACUACGAAUUCCACAUACUGGACAAUGCAUUUUUGGUGCAUAAACCGGGGAUUAAAAUUUUGAAGAAAGAUACGAAACGUGCCAUGCUUGCAGCUAAAACCAAUCAAUUGAUUAAGAAAAUCAUUUACCCCGAACUACAAGUCAUGUACGGACUGCGAAAAGGAUGCGCUGUAUAGUAGAUGUGUAUCUGUGGAUAUCCAGAACAGUUGAUGAAACAAUUUGAAAAUCAACGUUUCAGAAAUUGAUCGGAUAUUCAGUCCAUAUAUAUUUUUCAAAUGGAGAAAAGAGGAAAGCAUAUGAAACCAAUUGUAAUUUAUUAUAAAACCUAGAAUAGCUUGUCAAAGCUAUAGAUUGAAUUUUGUCACAAACAAACAAAAAUGUAAUAAAAUUGAUAGUGCCUCCCUUACCGACCGAGAGAACACAAAAAUCAAUAGGUUCACAAACACACGAAAAAGCGAUGCAAUACCGUUGGAAUUGAACACAUCAUGCAUCAAAUGCCAUAUUAUAUUCAGAACAAUUUUCAAAUGUGAGAGAAUGUUGUUAUGAAAUUUGUAUAGUCAGCAAUACUCAGAGUUAAAAAUGAAUCUAUAGGUUUUCACACAUGAUCAAAAUGAGACCGAAAAAUAAGCCUAACAACAAUUUAUCAAACAUUCAACAAAAUGAAACAAACAAAGAAAACAAUGGAUGAAUGAAUUUUGAAUUGAACUAGGGACAAAAACAGGAUAUGAAUUAAGAGUAAAUGCUAAAAAAAAAACGAAGUGAUAUUUAUCAUAUAAUUUAAUUUUUAAUUCCUAAAAGAAGAAGAAAAAAAACACUGAACGGAUUUGCAAAUGGAUCAAUGGAACCAUUACCUUGGUUAGCCAAUGCCUGAUUUUUUGGCCGACACACAUCAAAAUGCACUUUAUUGUAUCAAAAUUAUGAUUCUUCUUUUUUUUUAAAUGAACAAAAACUCUAUCAACUUCAUUAGGUAUGAACCAAUUCAUCUUUUACUAAAAAAAAAGACAUGAAGUUGCCAGAAGCGACGACACUCAAUCAGAUUAUAACCAAACUAAGUAAUUAAAUUAUACCGAUACUGUUCUCAUGCUCAAAUAUGUUGUAGAAUAACACUGAACACGAUUCGGAAUUGUUGUUCCCGUGGAAUGAGGAAAUGUUGUCGAAAUAGCAGCCAGAAUUAAUUUCAGUCAUUAAAUUGAGUGUAUUUUGAAGCUGUUAGGCAUCCGGAAAAGUUUACAAUGAAAAAGUUUGUACUUGAAUUUUCGCUCAAUGAAGCAUCGUAACAUGGUGCGCUCUUGAACAUUUGUGAACAUGAAUUUGAGACUCUUGUUACUGGGCACAAAACAUGUGUUACACCUUGAAUCGAGUCCGCACUUGAAUAGUAACUACAGUUCAUUUAAUGGACACAAUAGAGCCAUGGACCUCCCAUUCUAUGUGUGUCUGUUUACCAACAAUAAUUCGAUCUUUCGUACAGUAAAUACAAAUAUUCACCGUAUGUAAUGGGUCAAACUAUUGAAACAGAUACUCCAAAUACACACAACACACAUUUGCUAUAUGUAUUUAUUAGACGAAAAACUAACCAUACCAGAGAUAAACACACACAAUAAAUAGUUUACAGUUCGACUAGUAAUAUUCAAAUAUUUAUAUAUAUCACCAAAGACUUUGCGAGCAAUCGAUACACUUACACACUCAUUUCGUGUAAAAUUCGAUACAUUUAGAGCAAAAAAAGCAGCUCGUGUUAUAUUUGCAACAUAUUUUGAGCUUUAGAUUUAAACUGAUACCAACAACAACAACAACAACAAAACUUAGGUCAAAAUUUACUAAAGUGGAAUCAACAUUGUAAACAUAUCAAUUUCCACACAAACACAAAACAAAAACACUCUAUCAAAUCGAAUAGUUAGGGGAAUGUUUCUCUUGUCAUUAAAUCCCGACUAUCACCCUCUCACUGAACCAAUCAACUCUAAUGCUUUUCUAUUUAUUUCGAGUAGAAAACACCAACCAAAAUAUAUCCGAAUUUUUGCACUUUUUAAGCUAAACCAGGUGAAGAUUCUUCACUGAAGAAGUGAAUCGUUAAACAAAAACAAAUCGUUUUCUUAUUUUAUCAAACAAAACCUCAGAAAAUAAAAUUUGGUUUUCUUUUUUCUUCAUAAAAGUGCCUUAAUUGAAUUUACCGAAAUUUACUGUCACAGACACACACACACACACACACACACAUUGAAUCGAAUUGGUUUAUUUAUUUAAUUUGUACGAAUGAUAAUGGUUUUGUUCAUUUGAUGAACGAUAAAAAAAAACGGGAAGAUUUCCGUUUUUGAUAUCCGCCAAAUGGUAUUGAAUUUAUCCAAUCAUGGAGGAAAAUGAAUAUCUGCCUAAAACGCACAGAUUUCAACUAAAAAUAAUAAUGAAAUGCCUAAAAUGUUUCGUUAAAAAUCCUCGACUAUAUUUUAUUUUUCUGGUUUAGAAAUAGAGAUUUAUUUGCUAGAAAAAAGACAACAAAUCAAAAACUCAACUCACAGAGAGAAUGAUGCAUUACAAGUCUUUGAUUUAUGUAUUUAAGAAUUCUUCUUUUUUUCUCGUUAAGUUGAACAAAUUUAAGUCACAAUGUGCAUAAAUGUUGUUUUGUUUAUUAGGUUUUUGUUCUUUGUCGGCAUUACGUUUAAAUGAACAUAGAAGAUUUAAAUUAUAAUAUUUAAGAACAAGAAAACUACACACGUUAUAAUCGAAAUAUUUAGGCCCAAAUCCAUCACAUCAAAUGCACGCUUCGAUGAUACAAGUAAACUAAUUUCCCAUUCGAAGUUCGAACGUGCACGAUGGAUGCUUAGGAAUUUAUUUGAAGACGGCCUGCAGUUUUUGUUUUUCUGGGAUGUAACUUAUUACGUGUGUCAGUAAGGGUAUUUGAAGAAGCUGUUCUUCGUCAGUUAAUUAAGUUGUCGUGUAUACAUAUAGUUGCGUGUAUUAUUAGUAAUGAAACAAGCACAUGCAAGAAAAACAUUGAGAAAAAAUAAAAUAAAAAUAUUUGAUUGUAAACAACAAAUUUGAGGAAGCAGAAGAGAUGAAAAAAAAUCAUAUUGAGAAAAUAAAAUGCUAUACUUUUUCACACAAAA